CUCUCUGCAACGUUUACCACGUUCACCAUCUGACAUUAGCAUGUUAGCCUGCUAGCAUUUGCGAAUUAUCAACUGAGGACAUAAAGCUGGCUGAGCUCUCAGAGGCCCUCAGCAGUGGUUCCAUCCCAUCGUCACCGCGGUUACACACACUGGACAGACAGAAGACAUAUGUGUGUGUCAGGACAUACCGUCUCCAUGGCGACGGUAAACAGGUCUGUCAGUGUGGCUUACACACAGGUGAAACAUUAGCCGGGCAGAGACACAGAAACCACACACACACAUACACAUUCACACACACUGUGGCCGGUCAGGACAGAUGGCGGAUUCACAGCGAACAUCUGAACCCGUCAACUUUGUGCAUCAAGAUGAAAUCUGGAAAGCACAUGUAAAACUUGAGAAGGAUUCAGCUGAAGUCUGGCCCAACAAAUGGGGUUUCCUGACCGAGGCCUCCAAAGAGUUCAAGAUGGAGAGUGAGAAGCUGAAGAAGGAAGCCAAAGUGGCGCAACCUCUGAGCCCUCCAGAAAAAUGCAUUCAUGUCGAACCCUCUCCUCCUUUUCCUCAGACGACCCAGGGCUUGAUCGGUUGGCGUUCAGCUCACUCGCACCUUCAGCUGGAAAAGCCGAGCACAAUGCAUCAUGGGAGGCGUAGUUUUCUGAAGGAGCUGGGCUGGCCUCAUGGCGCCUGCAGCUGAGUCCUCGUUUCCUUGUUGCCUCGGCAGCGAUUCACUGACUCAGUAUUGCAUGUGGAUGAAAUUACAUGGCAGGAUGGAUCGCA